AUGGUUCCGCGGGGAAAACCAGAGCCGUUUCACCAGGCAGGGGCGCGGGGGCAAUCAGGCGCAGGCGCAGCUGCGCGGACGGGAGCGCAGCAAGGGGCGCGGGGGCAAUCAGGCGCAGGCGCAGCUGCGCGGACGGGAGCGCAGCAAGGGGCGCAGGGAUCACACUCGGGGGCUUGGGCUGGGCAACCGGGGGAAUGGGCGAGGGAGGCGGGGGCGGGGUGGGACGGGGACUGGCUGGGGGAGGCGCGGAGGCGGGCGGGGCCAUGGGAGGGGCGGCCAUUGGCCGUGGAUCCAUUCGCAGCGGAGGUGGUGCGGCACAGGUGGCCGGCCGUGCAGCACGUGGGGGACAUCACCGCCCUCACUCCCUCCACCAUCCACUCCGGCCUCGCUGCCGCUGCUGCCGCUAGGGGUGCCACUGCUGGUGGUGGUGGUGGUGCUGCUGCUUCUGGUGCUGGCAGCGCUGCUUCUCAUGGCAGUGUUCCAAGAAAGUGCAAGGAAGCGUCACCAGCUGUUGCUGCUGCCGCCCAGGUGGACCUUCUGGUGGGCGGCUUUCCUUGUCAGGACCUGAGCAGCAUGAACAGAAUGAGGGUGGGGCUGCACGGCCCGCGCAGCGGCCUCUUCUUCCACCUCCUGCGCCUCAUACAACAGCUCUCCCCCAGAUGGUUUCUGGUGGAGAACGUGGCGAGCAUGCAGUGGAUGGAUCGCGACGAGAUCUCCAAGUAUCUCGGAGUGCCACCCAUCUGCAUCGACUGCGCCGACCUCACUGCGCAGGGGCGGCGGCGGCUGUUUUGGACCAACCUGCCGCUGCCAGCUCAGAUGCCGCCCGUGCGCUGCCACCCGUCUACUUUGCUGCAGAGCAAGCUCAGCGAUGCGAUCGCGACUGAAGACAAGUGCGGGCCCAUCAUGAAGACCAACUUCCGCACGGCCGGCAAGGGCCGCACCAAUCAGGUCAUCUGCCUGCGAUCCCAUGCCGCCCGCUUCUUCCUCUCCCACGAGAUCGAGAGAAUCUUUGGAUUCCCGCCCGGAUACACCAAGAUCCCCGCCGCGCGGUUUGCUGCUAUCAAGGCGGGAAGGAGAGGGGCGACAGAGGGGAAAGUAGGGACAGGGAAGGGGCGAGAAAAUGGUACAGGCAAUUGGAAGUCUGCUGGGGCUGAUUGCUUGAGAGGUGAGGAAAGGGAGGAGGAGAAAGAAGAUGUGAGGGAGGUGAAGAGCGAAGAAGGGAUGAAGAUUGAGAGAGGAGUGAUGAGUGAAGGAGUGAGGAGGGAGAGGGGAGUGAAGAGUGAAGGAGGGGUGAGGGAACUCGAUGCAGCAGUUCCCAGCGACCCCUCCGUUCCACCUUUCUCCCCUGUGCGAGUGCUGGGCAGGGCAGUGUUGGAUGGGGUGAGGGAGGUGAGAGAGGAGGAGGGAGAGGACGCGGAGGUGAGGGAGGUUAAGGAGGGGGAGGUGAGGGGGGUGAGGGAGGUGAAUGCAUGCAUUGCUGGGGGAGAUGGAGGAAAGGGAAGUGCUGAGGGGUUUGGUGUGGUGGGAAGAGAUGGUGGGAAGUGGGUGUUGGGCGUUGCGGCAAAGGCAUGUGGAGAGAGGCGAAUACACAAGGGCGGAGAGGCGAGGAGGUGGGUGGAGGGGAAGAGGAAUGGAGUGGCGAAUGGAGAGCGGGAGGGAGGUGGAGGAAAGAGGAGGAGAGUCUGGAAGGGGCGAGAUGGAGGAGAGCUGCAGGGUGCGGCUCGGUGUGAUGCGGUGAGAAGCGGUGAUUGUGUGGAUGUUGAUGGUGAUGAGGGUGAUGAGGAUUGUAUUGGUUAUCAUGGUGCUUCAGAAUUGAAGUGUGAUAAUGUGGUGAAGAGUGGUGAUGUUGGGGUGUUGAAGGGUGAUAAUGCGGUGGUGAACGGUCAUGCCACGGAUCAUGAAGAUGAUGAUGACGAUGUGGUUGAGGUGUCGGCAUCAGUUAUGAGAGACGAGAAGGGUGGAGGGAAGAAGGGCAGAAGGGAGGAGGACGGAGGAGUGCAGGGCGACAGGGGCAACGGACGGACAACCGGGGAUUUGAGAGCAAGCGAUCACUCUCCUCCUGCUGCUGCUGGCGUUGCGUCUGCUGCUGCUGCACCUGCUGCUGCUGGCGGCAGCACUGGGAGGUCGCUGCGAGCGAGGCCAAAGAUUGGAUUCUACAGCGAGUCAGAGCUCAUGUGCGUGGGAGGUGUGGUUGAAGGUGAAAUUGAAUGUGCGAGGAGGGGCGUGCAGCAGCAGCUCAAAGAGACGAGGCGGAGGCGGAGUGGGGGCAGUGAGAGGGCGAGCGGGAGGGCGAAUGGGAUGAGUGGGAGGGAGGAGACGUGUCGGUGGGAUGAGAUGAUAUCAUACCUGCUCACGCCGCUGCUCUCCCCAUCGCUACGCCUCUCCGCUCCCCUCUGUGCGCUGCCCGACUGUGUGCCUCCCCACGUCACCCGCGCCAAGUGCGCCCUCAUGGUGCCGGGGGAGGUGUGGGCGGCGUACAGUUGGUCCAAGCUACCCAAUUGGUACGCUCUGAUUCUCUCCGUUGAGGGCGGCAGAUUCGAUUCCGAGUCGCUUCGCAAGCCGGCUCCUCUCUGCAUCACCUAUCGGUACUUCUAUCUUGUAGAUGCUCAAUCAGCUGGGCAUCCUGCAAAUGGGAAGAGGGAAGAGAGUGAGGAGAGUGAGAGUGGUGACGAGGAGGAAGAGGAAGAGGAGGAUGAGGAUGAGGAGGGAGACGAGUAUAAGGGCGAGGAGGAGGACGAGCACAGGUGGCAUGGAGCAGGGUUGUAUGAGAUGGAGCAGGAGACUCACACCGCCACCAGCCUCACUGUCUUCAGCCACAG